AUGUGGACGAUGAACAGGCGCUACCUGUUCAUCCUCUGUGGUACGUUUCUGGCCUCAAAUGCGAUGCAUGACUUCUUCUCUACUAGUCAUCUAGCCAGCCAGAAAAUCCAGGAGCGGCCAUCAGAUGGAAGCCCUUGUACUACCCUGUCACUAGCCUUCCCAAGUGCGCGAGCACCGGAGUUUAGUGGUGAAAUGCGCCAAACUUUAGAUCUUUUUGGGCCACCAACUCCUCUUUGCCAUGGCGAUAUCAUGACCUCAGAAGAGCAGACAACUGCCGGCCAGGAGUUGCGGCUUGCUUCGAUUGGUGCCUCGAAGAAUUCAAGAUCGAUCAAGCCCUCUCCGAUCAAUUCCGAACAGACACCGCACCACAGAGGCCUGAUAAGACAAUAA